ACACGAUUGUUAAAAUGAUCGUCGAUAUAUUCCCAUCUGAAGCAGCAAAUACGUAUUUUAUGUCAUCAAUAAAAAAAAAAUUCUCUUUGUAAUAAAUCCAUUCUUGCUCGUAGAAAGUUAAUUAGUAUGUGGCGAAACUGUCAGUGUCAAUAUAAAAAAUUGCAUAGAAGGAUAAUAGAUGAAGAAAAAACAAACGAUCGAAGUAUAGAGCCCGAAACAAUACAAGAUGAUAUUCAAGAGGCGUUAGACUGGCUAGACAAAAAUCAAGCUCCUUGGGACAUGGUUUUAGACCAUUGGAGAAAAACUUCUGCUCAUCGAACCAAAGCUUUAAAAGAAUCAAGUGACACUAAUUUGGUGGAUAUAUUUGAAAAAUGGAAACUCUAUAAGCACCCUAGUGGACAUGAAUUAAUUGAUACUGAUAUUCAAUGUCUAAAUUUAUCCAAACUUCAAAGACGAAACAGCAAAGAUGCUUCUGGAAUCUAUGAAAUCUAA